AUGAUUUCCAUGGAGAUACCAGAAAAAAUAGGUGAUUUGAGCUCGCUUGUUUAUCUCAACUUAUCCCACAAUGCCCUCACCGGAAAAAUCGCAAAGUCGUUGGGGAACAUGGAGGACCUUGAAGCACUUGAUCUCUCCGUGAACCAACUAACAGAGAUGAUCCCGGUGGAGCUUGGACGUAUCAAUUACCUUUCAGUCUUCAUUGUGUCCUACAAUAAGCUGGUGGGACGGAUACCGUAUAGUCCUCAAUUUGCAACAUUUGAAUAUUAUUCAUUUGAAGGAAAUGCAGGGCUAUGCGGUUUUCCUCUGGACAUAAGCUGCAGUGACCGUGAUCCACGAGAACAUGAAAACCAGCAGCGAGAUGGAAAGUCGAAGAUGGAGGAGAAUUACAUAUCUGCUGAGGUUGGAUACAUUGCGGGGUUAGGAAGCACCAUAUGGCUAUGA